AUGUCGCAAGCACAAAGUUCCCCGCGGCUGCCCAGUCCGCCGCCCGCUGCGGAGAUUCAGAUUGGGCCGGCAUCGCCAGGCCUGAACAGCGCAGCCGGCCUCGAGUCUCAGGAAAGGAACCAGGCUGUUGUCGCCGCGAACGCGAAGCGACGCAUACACGUCGGAACCAAGGCAGAGCAUAUGGCCGCCGGGCCGCCGCUGAUACCCUUCAGUGAGCUCGAGUCCGCCUUCUCCUCCCAGGAACACCUCGCAGCUCUGCACUACUAUCAUACUUCCUCAAACACGACGCCGAUCAACCGACAAACCGCUCUCAGUCUCGCCACGCCGCCAGCAGGAGUCGAGCGCACGCUGUGGCUCUACGAGCUCUGCCGCUUUCUCAUCGCGCAGUGCAACGGACUCAUCGUGGGCUUCCUCUUCGACACGCCGCCGUGCUCCUCGGCAACAUGCCCCGAGAUGCGCGCGUCAGAGUGGCAGUUCCUCUGCGCCGUCCACGAGGCACCAAAGAGCUGCUGCGCCAUCGACUACUGCUGCCACACGCUCGACUGGGCCGCCAACAUUGUCACGAACCCAAAGAUCUUCCCGAGCCGCAUCGUGCUCGGCGCAGACAGCUCCGAGCGGAGCUCGGUGCUCAAGAACCUCGUCAACGUGUUCCGGAGACUCCACCGGAUAUUCGCGCACGCCUGGUUCCAGCACCGCGGCGUCUUCUGGUCCGUCGAGUCGCAGACGGGCCUGUACGUCUUCUUCAAGACGGUGUGCGACGUCUACGACCUGCUGCCUGCGGAGAACUACAAGCUCCCCCCCGAAGCCGAAGGCCUCGAGUCGGCCGUGGCCGAGAAGGAAGAGAAGCGGCCGCCGCCUGUCACUCUCUUGUCCAAGGCGCCUGCCCAAACAGGAGAGGGUGGCGAGGGCGAGGAUGACAAGCACAGCUUCCACGCACGAAGAACCAACACAGCUAGACACUCGAGCAGGCCUUCGGUAGGCAGCAUUGUGACCACAGUCAUUGAGGAGCGGGAAGAUGAGCACUCAGAGGUGACUUCGAAGCUGGGCGACAUGCGCAUCUCUGCACCCGAGACGGUCAACGAGGAAGAGACAGAGGUCGAGGUCCCCGUCAUCGUCGAG